UCGGAGUUGUUUCUGUGUUUACUCUUUCCUCAACUAUGAACCCACCCACCAAUCAGUUAUUACGCAAGUUUCCAAAUUGAAGACAAAAGACAAAAGCUUGCUCGAAUUUAAGUACCCCCGUUGAGGUCUUUAUUCUUCUGCUUUGAAAAAGAAAGGAUUUUUAUUUCGUUUUGAUCCAUUUUUCAUCGCAAUUUAAUGCCAUUGUUGCUAAGCUUAAUUAUUUUUUGUGGUUAGUUGAUUUAUCUUUUAUCUUUAAUCAAUUGGUUAAUUUUGUGUUGUAAAUUUUGUGUGUGUUUGCAUUAGAAUAACUUAUUUAUGUCAAGUUGAAGUGUUUUGAGCACAUUAAAGGGGAGAGAGAGAGAGAGAGUGGGGUUUCAGUUUCAGUUUUAGUGUUUUGUGUUCAAAGUUCCAUGACAAUAAGGUGGCCAAGAGUGUUGACACCAAACUACCUCUCUCAGAUUAUAAGAACCCAAAAGAACUCAUUGGAAGCUUUGCAAAUUUUCAAUGAAGCCAAAUCUAGGUACCCCAAAUAUUGCCACAACGGUCCUGUGUAUGCCACCAUGAUUAGCAUCCUUGGAACAUCAGAGAGACUCAUAGAGAUGAGGGAUGUGAUUGAACAGAUGAGAGAUGAUUCUUGUGAAUGCAAAGAUUCAGUCUUUGUGUCUGCUAUUAAGACAUAUGCAAAAGCUGGGAUGGUAGAUGAAGCAAUCUCUUUGUAUAAGAGCAUUCCUCAGUUUAACUGUGUGAAUUGGACAGAAUCCUUCAAUACCCUUUUGCAGAUAAUGGCGAGUGAGAACCGGCUUGAAGAUGUUCACUCUCUUUUUGUUGAAAGCUCUUGUGGUUGGGAAGUGAAGUCUCGAAUUCGGGCAUUGAACUUGCUUAUGUAUGUUCUCUGCCAGAAGGGGUGUUCUGAUUUGGCAUUGCAAAUAUUCCAAGAGAUGGAUUAUCAAGGUCGCUACCCGAAUAGGGACAGUUAUGCAAUUUUGAUGAAGGGAUUGUGUCAAGAUAGGAGAUUACAUGAGGCCACACAUUUGUUAUAUUCAAUGUUUUGGAGAAUCUCACAGAAAGGUAAUGGUGAAGAUGUUGUGAUCUACAGAACUCUUUUGGAUGCUUUAUGUGAUGAUGGAAAAUUUGAAGAAGCUGUGGAAAUUCUUGGUAAAAUUUUGAGGAAAGGACUGAAAGCUCCGAAGCGAUGUUAUAACCAAAUUGAUCUUAGUCAGUGCUGUGAUGGUAAAGAUAUUGAAGGCAUGAAAUGCUUGAUUCAUGAAGCUUUGAUCAGGGGCUCAGUUCCCAGUUUGGCUAGUUAUAAUGCCAUGGCUGUUGAUCUAUACAAUGAAGGUAAGAUAGGUGAGGCUGAUAAUGUUAUCUUUACAAUGCAAGAAAGAGGCUUUAAACCAACACAUUCUAUCUUUGAGGCAAAGGUAGCUGCAUUGUGCAAGGAUAGUAAAGUGGAUGAAGCAAUCAAGGUAAUUGAGGAGGACAUGGUGGUAGUCAAUUGUCUACCAACUGCUAAAGUGUACAAUAUUCUCUUGAAAAACCUAUGUGAUGUAGGAAACACAACAGAAGUGCUCGAAAGCUUGAACAAGAUGUCGAACAAGGUAGGUUGCACAGGUGACAGAGAAACUUACGGCAUUUUACUGGAUAUGCUUUGUCAUGCGAGAAGGUAUCUUGAAGCAAGCCAACUUCUUGAGAAAAUGUCAAUUAAAUCAUAUUGGCCUUGUGCCAACAGUUACAAUUCACUCAUUAAGGGUCUUUGCUCCUUAGGCAGGCAAUAUGAAGCUGUUAUGUGGUUGGAGGACAUGAUAAGCCAGGGGAAGCUUCCUGAAAUUUCUGUUUGGAAUUCAUUGGCAUCUUUAUUUUGUAACUCAGAUAAGAUGAAAGUGUCCUCUGAGAUAUUUAAUCGCCUAAGAAAUUUGUGAUUCUAAAUGCUGUUGUAGUUAUAUAAUAACUAAAUAAUUACUAGAAUCCUAUACUACCAUUCUUUUUUUAAUUUACUUAUGCUUCUUCUUUAGCUUCAAAGACACCAUAUUUAGUGCUGAUUCAGUUACUCACUUGGUCUUUCAAACUUGGUCAGUUAGCAACCUUGCAUUCACUUUU